AUGUCAGGAGCCGGGAAUCGAGAGGCGGUUUUCCCAACCCGCCAGUCGCUUGGGCUGAUGAAAGCGAAGCUCAAGGGAGCUCAGACUGGUCAUGAUCUGCUGAAGAGAAAGAGUGAAGCACUUACCAAACGAUUCCGAGAAAUUACGAGACGGAUUGACGAGGCGAAACGCAAGAUGGGCAGAGUCAUGCAGAUUGCAGCAUUCUCGCUGGCAGAAGUCACAUAUGCGGUUGGAGGAAACAUUGGCUACCAAGUCCAGGAAUCCGCAAAAUCGGCCCGCUUUCGAAUACGGACGAAGCAAGAGAAUGUGUCUGGUGUUUUCUUACCAGCAUUCGAAAGCUAUACCACAGAGGGGAACAGCGACUUUGGCUUAACAGGUCUAGGAAAGGGCGGGCAACAGGUCCAGAGAUGCCGAGAGACAUAUGCUAGGGCUGUGGAAACGUUGGUCGAACUUGCGAGUUUACAGACUGCGUUCGUUAUUUUGGACGAGGUUAUUAAGGUCGUUAACAGGAGAGUAAAUGCCAUCGAGCAUGUUCAAAACAAGAAGCAAAGAGAUACUGCAGCACAGGAUGUGGAGAUGAAGUUAAGGAGAGAAGCAGCGGAGAAGGCAGGCGAUGACAAGGAGAAUGAAACUAGUGGCGGGGAUCUACUAGGUGACGAGGAAGAUGCAGAUGUUAUUUUUUAA